AUGGCCCUAGAGUAUAAGCUACUGCUCACCAAAGGUCACAUUGCUAUUGCUGCAGCUAACUGUGCAGUGUACCCACACCAGAGACCAAUGCUGAUCUGGUUACUGGCACUAUUCCUUGAAGACACCACGCUGCCUCUUGCCGAUUCUAGGAUUGUGAUAUUUCUUGUGUUUGAUUAUAGGAUAUUAGUUGAUCAGCAAAUUUGGAAAAUAGAACGUGUCUUCACAUUACAAGCUGUGAUGAAAUGUAUUGGAAAAGAUGCACCAGUUGCUCUUAAAAGGAAACUGGAGAUGAAAGCCUUGAAGGAAUUAGACAGAUUUUCCAUUUUGAAUAGCCAGCGCAUGUUUGAGGUCCUAGCCGCCAUGAAUCAUCGUUCUAUUAUACUUCUGAAUGAAUGCAGUAAGAAGUUCCUAGGUAAUAUCCAUGGGUUCCUGGACGUUAUGGCCAGUGCUCUGACUGCUUAUCUUCACCACAUCUCUUCUGAAAACCUAUUGAAAGCUGUGUAUUCAUUUUGCUUGAUGAACCAUUUUCCCCUGGCCCCAAUUAAUCAGCUUCUUCAAAAGGACAUCAUCAGUGAGCUGCUGACAUCAGGUGAUGUGGAGAGGAAUGUCCACAAGCUUCGUAUUUUGACUACCUGCCUAAAGCUUGAUGAUACUCCUUAUAACAAGGCCACAGACUUCGCACUGCCACCGCUGCUGUCCGCACCGUCAUGUCCUAAUGAUAAGGUUGCUGAAGCGCUAAGGAGCCUUCUGGGAGAAGGAUCCUUCUCAGAAAAUGUGCAGUUACCGUAUAAUUAUCAUAUCGAUUUUGAAAUCAGAAUGGAUACUAACAGGAGUCAAGUGCUUCCACUUUCUGACGUGGAUGUGGUAACUCCUGCUGCAGAUUUCCAAAGGGUAGCUGUACUAUGUGUUUCUAGAUCUACUCACUGUUUGGAUUCAACCCAUCCCAGAGGAUUCCUUGCUAUGAAAAUGCGGCAUUUGAAAGCCAUGGGUUUUCAUGUGAUUUUGGUCAAAAAUUGGGAGAUGGAAAAACUAGGGAUGAAGGAUGCAGUCACAUUUUUGAAGUCUGAAAUCUAUUCGCCUGAAGACCCUCCAACUGCUGAUGUUAAUUUUCAAAGCACAUGUUAAAGUACAAAGCAACCUUUUCAUAUUAGGAGACAUAAAUUUUUAAAAAUGACUUUAAUAAAGACGACAGUUCAGAUGUCAUUGGAAUUUACCUGACUGCUCACCGUAACAAAAAGUGUUACUUCAGUUCACUGUUAAAAUUAAUUUUAAGAAUGGAGGCAAUAUUCUUAUUGGUAUUUUAGAAUAUGGUAAGAAAAUUACAGAAGUGUCAUUUUUUCCAACCAUAACUAUUCCCUCUAGUGCCCAGAUAUUUGACAGAUUCAUGAGCUGUAGGCUUUCCUGUUUCUCAUUAGUUUUGAUGGAUUGGAAACUAGUUUCUUAAUUGUGAUGGGUUGCAGGUAAGUUGUUGUGGGCAGUCCUUGGAUUUGGAUCUGCAUAUUUAUACUCUUGCUGUGAGCUAUUCAGCAACUCAGGCAUUGACCACGUUUUCAAGCACUGGCCACAUAGCAGUUGGACCAGACUCUCAAUUGUAGAUGGUAACAAUGAGGGAGGUAGCAGGUUAAAAAUGGGUGAGGAUUGGACAUCUGCAUUUUUCACAAACAUGCUAGGUUGAGGUGGCUUGUGGGCCAUAUUGAGAAACAGAUGAAGUAACACAGAGAUGGCAAGGAGGCCAAAUUUAUUAAAACUGAUAGGCUGUGGGUUGCUAACAUCAUAAUUCUUGCCAUUGUUGAGGUAAUUCCUUUUUCUUUCUUUCCCUCUCCCCCUCCCACCAUUUCGUGAUGUCUUUUAAAUUAUAUACAGAGUGCGCCCA